AUGACAGGAACAAACGAAAUUAAAAUACAAAAUGGUAGAAAUGCAAAUGUUGACAUUGGAUCAUCUGCUGAGAUUUUAAAGCUCUUAGAAGAUCCAAAUGCAUUGCAGGAUUCUUCACUUGAUCUUAGAGAUGUGGUAAUAAAACAUAUCCGAAAACAAGAUAAAUUGAUCGAUGGUUUAUCUCAUGAGUUGGACACCUCUAAAACAGCUAAUAAGGCGUUCAAACAAGCUUUGAGUGAAAUCGGUACAGUUGUUAUUUCCGUUGCCAUGGGUGAUUUAUCAAAGAAAGUUGAAAUUCAUUCUGUUGAAUCAGAUCCUGAAAUUUUGAAGGUCAAGAUCACGAUUAAUACUAUGAUGGAUCAGCUACAAACAUUUGCUAAUGAAGUUACUAAAGUGGCCACGGAAGUUGCCAAUGGUGAAUUGGGAGGACAAGCGAAAAAUGAAGGCUCGGUUGGGAUAUGGCGCUCAUUGACUGAUAAUGUCAAUAUUAUGGCCCUCAAUUUAACCAAUCAAGUUAGAGAAAUUGCUGAUGUUACUAGAGCUGUUGCUAGUGGGGAUUUGUCAAGAAAGAUUAAUGUACAUGCCCAGGGUGAAAUUUUGCAAUUGCAAAUGACAAUCAAUACUAUGGUGGAUCAAUUAAGAACUUUUGCGUUUGAAGUUUCAAAGGUUGCCAGGGAUGUUGGAGUGUUGGGUAUUUUGGGUGGACAGGCAUUGAUUGAGAAUGUAGAAGGUAUUUGGAAAGAGUUGACAGAUAAUGUCAAUGCUAUGGCCCUCAAUUUGACCACCCAAGUGAGAAAUAUUGCCAAUGUUACGACUGCUGUUGCUAAGGGUGAUUUAUCAAAGAAAGUUACUGCUGAUUGUAAAGGUGAAAUCUUGAAUUUGAAAUUGACUAUUAACCAGAUGGUGGAUCGAUUGCAGAAUUUUGCCUUGGAAGUGACGACAUUGUCCAGGGAAGUUGGUACGUUAGGUAUUUUGGGUGGACAAGCCAAUGUCCAAGAUGUUGAAGGUGCAUGGAAGGCGGUGACAGAGAAUGUUAAUCUAAUGGCAACUAAUUUGACAAACCAAGUGAGAUCUAUCGCAACAGUGACGACUGCAGUGGCACAUGGGGAUUUAUCACAAAAGAUUGAUGUUCAUGCACAAGGAGAAAUUUUGCAAUUGAAAAAUACUAUCAAUAAGAUGGUUGAUUCAUUGCAAUUAUUUGCUUUUGAAGUGUCCAAGGUUGCCCGUGAUGUUGGUAUUAAUGGUAAGUUGGGUAUUCAGGCACAAGUCAGUGAUGUGGAUGGGCUUUGGAAGGAGAUCACCUCAAAUGUUAAUACUAUGGCUUCAAACUUAACUUCUCAAGUGAGAGCGUUUGCUCAGAUUACAGCUGCGGCUACUGAUGGUGAUUUUACCCGUUUCAUUACAGUUGAAGCUUCUGGAGAAAUGGACGCUUUGAAAACGAAGAUUAAUCAAAUGGUCUUGAAUUUACGUGAGUCUAUUCAGAGAAAUACAGCAGCUAGAGAAGCAGCCGAGUUGGCAAACAGUGCUAAAUCUGAAUUCUUGGCAAAUAUGUCUCAUGAAAUUAGAACACCUUUAAAUGGUAUCAUUGGUAUGACCCAGUUAUCUCUUGAUACUGAAUUGACUCAAUAUCAAAGGGAAAUGUUGUCUAUUGUCCACAAUUUGGCCAAUUCUUUGUUGACAAUUAUUGAUGAUAUUCUAGAUAUUUCGAAAAUUGAAGCUAAUAGAAUGACCGUGGAACAGAUUGAUUUUUCAUUGAGAGGAACAGUCUUUGGUGCAUUGAAGACAUUGGCAGUGAAAGCAAUUGAAAAGUCUUUAGACUUGACAUAUCAGUGUGAUUCGUCAUUCCCUGAUAACUUAAUAGGUGACUCGUUCAGAUUGAGACAAGUCAUUCUUAAUUUAGCAGGUAAUGCUAUAAAGUUCACCAAACAAGGAAAAGUCAGUGUAAGUGUUAAGAAAUCUGACAAGUACAUCGAAGGAAGUGAUAAGUUGUUAUUAGAAUUUUGUGUUCGCGACACUGGUAUUGGAAUUGAAAAGGAUAAAUUGGGUCUAAUUUUUGACACUUUCUGUCAAGCUGAUGGGUCAACCACAAGGAAGUUUGGCGGUACGGGUUUAGGUUUAUCCAUCUCGAAACAAUUAAUUCAUUUAAUGGGUGGUGAGAUUUGGGUCACUUCUGAAUAUGGGACAGGUUCCAAUUUUUACUUUACUGUUAGUGUAUCUCCUUCCAAUAUUAGAUACACUAGACAAACUGAACAAUUAUUACCUUUCAGUGGACAUUACAUUUUAUUUGUAUCAGCUGAGCAUACUGACUCGGAAUUAGAAGAAAUACGAGCAAAUGUCAUUGAGCUAGGAUUGAAUCCAGUUAUUGUUCGUGAUAUUUCUGAUGCAAAUUUAACUGAUCCUGUGAAAUAUGAUAUUAUUAUGAUUGAUUCCCUUGAAACUGCCAAGAAAUUGAGAUUGUUAUCUGAAGUCAAGUAUAUUCCUUUGGUAUUAGUGCAUCAUUCUAUUCCAGAGUUAAACAUGAGAGUUUGUAUUGAUCUAGGCAUUUCCUCCUAUGGAAACACUCCUUGCAGCAUCACAGAUUUAGCCAGCGCUAUUAUUCCAGCCUUGGAAUCUAGAUCUAUUGCACAAAACUCCGAUGAGUCUGUUGUUUACAAGAUUCUAUUAGCAGAAGAUAACCUCGUUAAUCAAAAGUUAGCUGUUAGAAUUUUAGAAAAGCAGGGUCAUCAAGUUGAGGUGGUGGAGAAUGGUUUAGAGGCUUUUGAAGCGAUUCAGAAAAACAAGUAUGAUGUGGUGUUGAUGGAUGUUCAAAUGCCAGUUAUGGGGGGAUUUGAAGCCACAGAAAAGAUUAGACAAUGGGAAAAGAAAUCAAAUCCUAUUGAUUCCCUUAGUUUCAGAACCCCAAUUAUUGCUCUCACUGCCCACGCAAUGUUGGGAGAUCGGGAGAAAUCUCUAGCUAAGGGAAUGGAUGACUACGUGUCAAAGCCAUUGAAGCCUAAGUUGUUAAUGCAAACUAUUCACAAGUGCAUACACAACAUUAACCAAUUGAAAGAACUUUCUAGGCAAAAUAAUAGCAAUAGAACUUCAAACUUUGCCAAAAAUUUACAGAAGAGUGCCAUAAAGAGUGGACACUCUGAGGCUGGUGGUGCUGUUGAUGAUGGGAGAGACACUUUAGGUUGCCAGGAUGAUAAUAAUGCUACAUUUGGAAGUGGAAGCAUGAGUUCACCAUUAACUGGUACUAGCAUUCCUUCAACAAGAUCUGCACCACAGCUGUCGGAUAUCAACUCCCAGAGAACAAAGAAAGCAAAUUCCAUGCCAUUUAUUAAUAUUUCAGGUGUUUCCCGGCCCGGACAAUUGAGAGCGGAAACGAGAACAAGAAGUGACACCUCCGACACCUUCACCAGUGCUAAAAUAAGCGAAGUGCUUGAUGACGAUAUGGAUGUAGAUACUCCGAAGAACUAG